AUGCAAAGCAAGCAGACCACGGUUUGCUUUGCUUUGGGAGAGGAGACCACGGCGAAGUCGUCGGCCAUGCCCAAGCACCGACCAAAAGAAAAAGGGGAGGAUGGCAACAAAAAGCCAGAGGAGAACGAGAACAAGAAAGAGGAGGAGGAGAACUUUGAGGAGGAAACUGUGGCCUCCGAGGAGGCAACUGAGUCCGAGGACGAAGAAAAGGAUCCGGAGGAGGAGCCGGAGGAGGCUACGGCCUCGAAGCCAAAGGAGGCGGCCUCGGAGGCUGCGGCCUCGAAGCCCAGAGUCCCUUCUCUGGAUGAGAAGACUGCUGAAUGGCCGAUAAGUGCCGCCGGCAGGCAGAGGCUGGAGAGAAAGCUUGCAACAGCCAGGGUCGCGGCAUCCCAGGCAGCUCUCCAGUCCUGGGCAGAAGAAGAGCAGGCCAGAAAGGAAAAGAAGGAUAAAAAAAAGGGAAAGAAGGAUAAAAAAGAGAAGAAGAAGAAAGAAAAGAAAAGCGAACGAGAGAGAUCAGAGAAAAAGGACAAGGAGGUGGAUGAAAAAUUGAAGGGGGCAAAUGAGAAGGCAGCAGAUGAGAAGAAGGACAACAAGCCUUCGGACGGGCCCAAGGGCCCGUCCAAAAAGUGCCCCAUUUGCUGGAGGUGGAUACAGGAGCAUGCGGCCGCCCGUCGCCAGCACCGAUUGUCGGUGUUUCACCGAACUUGGAAAUACAUAGCCCAAGGGCUCAGCAAGGAGGCUGCUGCAGGCCGGGCAAAGCGCCGGUUCCAGGAGCACUGGCAGCCCGGGAGGGAAGAGGAGAGCGAAGAGGAAUCCGAAGUCCCAAGGUGGGAGGUGCGGCGGGAUUCCGGCAACAAGGGCCAUGGAUAUGGCGACAAGGGCCAGGGAUAUGGCGACAAGGGCCAGGGAUAUGGCUAUGGUGAUGUGAGAGGCGGCUCCGGCCCCUCGGGGGCCAAGGCCCAUACGGAAGCUGAGAAGGGCCGUCCUGAGCAGGCUAAGGGCACGAAGAAGAGAAAAAAGCCGGGGGCAGGAGAGACAAUCUCCCUGAUUGAGCCCGAGGAUGACAAAGAGGAUCGAAAGCCGGUGAAGCUUUUGCCCAGGAGUUUGCCAGCUAAGGCUGGCAAGACCGGCCAGGACAAGAAGAAGGGCAGCAAGGCUAAGGGCAGCAAGGCUAAGGCCAAACGUAAGCGACAGGAGUCGCCGGUACGGGACGAUGAUCACGUCCCAAUGCCGGACAAGAAGGACCCGGACGAUCCGGAAGGAGGGUCUGGGAGCUCCUACGGGAAAGUGGUGACGAGCCUUUUCCAAAUCGCCUGCCAGGAGCUUCGGCAGCGGUACUAG